AGAUUUCUGGUGCCGACCAGGGUCCUGUCCAGGUCUGCAGCACCUACGUAUACUGGCGCGUCGAGCGCUUGGAUAGCACAUCCCUGUCAGUAGUCCGUUCUCAGUGGAGGUGCGACGUCACGACUAUGUCCCGGUCCAUCGUCGCAAGUGUGGACGGUACAGGUCCCCGUAUGGCGCUGUCGGAUAUGGUCGACGAUGGUAUGUGGCUCGUUUUGUAACUUCAUGUCGAGGCCGGAGUUGAUGGAUGCACUGAGGCGACCCAGCCUCUACGAACAUUUCUCCGACCUCUACUACAGGUUUCCAAUCUCUCUUUCGCAGACAGCUACAACACCCUCCAACCCCAAUACUACCUCAUCGAUCAGCACGGAAUCCUUGGCGACAUCACCACCUACAGUCACUUCGUCUGCUCCACUGGCGGUGCGACACCUGUGCAGGAUACAUCCACACUGUUCUCUGUGUCUCAUCAGGUUUUGCUUCCGAAGGAGCAGAUGCUACAACGACAUCGAGAGGCAGCAUGCAAAAGUCGAGCUCGUCGACUGUACACAGAUCAACAGCCAACGGCAGCAGCUCUACAUCGGCUCUCAUGCUCAUGUUUUCACGCCCGCUCCUGCAGAGAAUAUUUCAGAUUCCUUCCAAACAUCGAGCAGCACUUUCAUGCAUCCCACGAUCACUCUGAGCAAGACACCUGUUCCCUCCGAGACCAGUCUUCAACCCUCGCGCUCAACAGCAGCAGGACCAGCUUUCACGCGACCCGCACCGUCAACAAAAAGUUGAUCACCAUCAUCGCUGUCCUAGCGGCGGCACUCGCUCUCCUCCUCUUCACUAUUGCGGUCUGGUGGCUGCGGAGACGACGUCACAGCUUAAUGGAGCAUUCGGGGUCCCUCGACGACGAUUUUACG